AUGUCUAGUUCUGGGAAUUCACAACCAGCAAAGCCAAUUACAACGCUUGAAGAGCAAAUCAAGAUCUUGCACAAGCUUUUAUUAGUUGAAGAAGAAGAAGCUCGAAGAGUAAUGAAAGAUAACAACAAUGAUUUUACAAAAGCUUAUAAUCAAAUCAUGAAUUCCCAGAUUAAAUCAUUCCUUAAUGAAAACAAAUGA